AUGACGCAUCCACAGCAGCAAGGGGGGCAACUCCAGACGACGAACCCCACCAACAACCCCCAGCCGGGCACCCAGACGGCGACGCAACCUCUGAACCCCAUGGCAAUGCUACUCCAGUCGAUGACCCUCCUCACUCAGUCCAUGGUGCAGCUUGCGAACUACACCGCUAGGACCAACAGUCUGAAGGCCGUCCAGAAGCCCUCUCCCUUCAAAGGUGAACAAGGAGGUGAGGCACGACGUUUCCUAGCCGCGUUCACCCUCUGGGCCAUGUCUCAAGGCUCGACGCUCAAUCACGUCAAUGCCAUGGGCAACGCAAUCAGCGCGCGCGAUGACCAGUGGAUUAGGGCGGUCCUCUCCUUCAUGCAGGACAGCGCAGCUCUCUGGGCUACUCCGGCGAUGGAAGAGAUCAUGCAGGGCACCACCCCGUUCAAAGGCUCGUGGAUGAAGUUCCGCACCCAGUUCAAGACCCGUUUCGAAACGGUCGACGAGGCGGUCGACGCAAAGGAGCGUCUCCGCACGCUGUGGCAAGGUACCAUGACUGUUCCGGAGUAUGCCGCAUGGUUCAAUGAGCUCUCCACCUGCACGGGCUACUCUAAGGUGGACCUCCGAGACCGCUUCUACGAGCAUCUAACAGGCUCCAUCAAGGAUGAGUUGAUACACACAGCAAGGCCCAUCGCUUCGUUGGAGGACCUCAUCACUGUCUCCUCCAAAAUUGAUCGUGGACACAUCACCACCACCACCACCACCGCGACCAAGCCGGCUGUCCCGCUGUAUACCACCCCCUUCACACCGCCUACUAGAGACCCGAACGCGAUGGACAUUGAUGCGACCCCGCAUGUCAAGAAGGACGGCGGCCACGACCGGGACAUCUGCGGCUACUGUCGUCGCGUAGGGCACCGCGAGACAGUGUGCAUGGACAAGUUCCUAAAGAAGCCCUGCUCACAGAGGCUCGCCGCCACGGAGGAGGGACCUGAGGAGCCCCAAGUCGCAGCAUCAACAUCAACGUCUGCAGAUGCUGGAGCAACCAACUCCCUCAUCGCGCAGCUCAUGGAGCAGCACAAGGCCCUCGCCGAUCAGCUUGCCUCCCUCCAGAAGUCUUUUUAG